AUGGAGCAGAGUGCGGUGAACUCGCUGCUGGGGCAGCUGAGCGGCCUCCUCGUCGACGAGGCGAAGCUACUGCGCGGCGUCCGGGGCGACGUGCAGUUCAUCAAGGACGAGAUGGAGAGCAUGCAAGGGUUCCUCCUGGACGCUGCGGCCAGCGCCGAGGACGGCAACAACCAGGUCAUGGCGUGGCGGAGGCAGGUCCGGGAGGUCGCCUACGACUCCCAGAAAUGCAUCGACAAAUACGUGCAGACGGUGGGCGCCAGCCGCCCGUCGGCCGGCCUCCUCGGCUCCGUCCGGUGGCUGCCGCUGCUGGCGAUGACCUUGCCGAGCCGCCACCGCACCGCCAGCAAGAUCAAGGACCUCAAGGCCCGCGCGCGCGAGGUGGGGGAGCGGCGGCAGCGGUACGGCGUCAAGGCUCCGGCCCCGGGUCCGGGCGGCGUCAAAGCCGCCGCCGCGCAGCCUGUGGUCUUGCCGCAGCAGCAGGCGGCGGAGCACGCGCGGAGGCGCCGCGCCAUAGCUGACGCCACGGACUGGGUGAACACCGACGCGCGGCACGUGAUGGACUGGAUAGCGGCCACCGGCGGCGGCAACCAGACGGAGGAUGCACACGAUGGCGGCCGCCAGCAUCACAGGCAUACCUUCGAGUACUUCAAGCGAAAGCUGCACCUGCACAUGCCCCAUUUCACCACCGAGGGCCUGUUGACGGAGUUCAUGAGCAACAAGGCCGAUGCUACUGCCUUCUUAGUGAAACACACCAUAGAUGUGCUCGGAGGGGAGUUGAAAAGGCUGCUCUCCACGUUGGAAGAACUUAUUUCCCCUCAAGAUCACCACAAUGCUGAGACUGAGAUGGCCAAAGAAGCAGCUGCGGGUCCUCCAGAGAAGAAGCAUCAGAUCAUCGGUUGGGUACGGCGAGCACUUAAGAGCAAUGGUAUCAACAUGCUGCACGAAAAAAAAGAUACCCACGGCCCUAGGCUCCUCGCCAUUGUCACACCACCGUUUCGUCGCGAAGACCUGGAAGACGAAGACCCACGUGGGCUCAGGCGUGCGACGGAGAUCGCACGUAGGGUCUUCGAUGAUUAUUCCCGCCAAGGCGGCCUCUUCGACUUCACCGUGUGGGUCAACGCCGAGGAACACUCGCAGACCACCGCCAGGCUUGAGAGCAUACUCCGGCAGGUGCAGGAGCAGGCGCAAGUUCUGGGCCUGGGAAUGGGCCAACAGCCUCCUCCUGAUCAGUAUCCAUCGUCUUCUCGCGAUGACGGUGGUGGCGAGAUGACAAGAUUGCAACAGGAGAUCAGAAGGCACCUGACAGGGAAGAAGUUCUUGAUUUUUCUUGCUGACCACUCGGAUGAAACACCAUGGGCGCAGAUACUGCCUGCUUUGCCGUCUGAUGUCACUGAGGAGAGUGCAAUCGUAUUAAGUCCACUGGUGCAGCAAGCAUACCAGUACGUCGGGUGGUACCUGCUCAGCCUUUGCUUCUUGAGAAGGCGCUCUCGCUACAGAGUCUACUUCUACUCUCAUCUUUUCGCAACACGGAACAAGGCCAAAGAGAUGCUGCGGGGCGGCGACAAUGGAGGGGAAGAUCUGCACGACCCCGUCAAUGAUAUACUGGAACGUUGUCGCUGGGAUUCAUUUUCCAGCAAGAUGUUUCUUCAUGCUCUGUAUGUUAAUCAUCAAAGGAGCAAGGCAAGCCUGGAGAACCUGCUGCGUCAUCUGGAUGAAUUCAGCACGGUGAACAACGCCAGAUGCAUGAUCAAAUUUUGCUACGACGACCUGAACCAUUACAGGGCUUGCUUCCAGUACCUGUCCAUUUUCCCCCUGGGAUUCAAGAUCAGGAGGACAAGCUUGGUCAGGCGAUGGGCCGCAGAAGGCAUUAUCGUGGGAAGAGACGGCCUAGCUGCAGCGGACGAAGCUGAGCGCUGCUUCAACGCCAUGAUUGAUCGAGGCCUUCUCCAUCCUGACGACGACAACACCGACAACCCUUCAGGCAAAGUCAAGAUGUGCAAGGUCCACCCACAUGUUUUGUCCUUCAUUGCCUGGUUGUCCAAAGACGAUGGCCGUGCUGCUGACAGCAUCGACCUGUUUCCCGCCCUGGCUCGUCGCCUCUCCAUCGCCAGUAGAAUUCAACUCUCUAACAAGGUACAACGACGAGUGAGCGAGGGGUUGAAGAUGCAGAUGGACAGCGGUGGGGAGCCUCAAGUCCCAGGACCAGGGCCAAGACCACAAGACUCCGUCCUGGAAGACAUGGUAAUGCUUCUCGACUUGUUUCCUACAACUGAAUCAGGAUGGAUCAAAGUGCUGGACCUGGAAGGCUACCGUGGACUGAAGAAGAAGCACCUCAAGAUCAUCUGCAACAAGAUAUUCCAGCUCAAGUAUCUUAGCCUAAGGAAUACAGAUGUCGCUGAGCUGCCCAAGGAAAUUAACAAGCUCCAAGAACUGGAGACAUUUGACAUCAGGGAAACCAACAUAGAUUCCUUCCCUGCAAAAUCCAUUGUUCUCCCAAAGCUGGCGCGACUGCUUUCUGGUGUUGGUCACACUCACACCGACCCUCCAACUUCAAGUAAGGAUAAUAUUUCUCAUGGCAAGGAUGACAAGCUUUCUCCUGAAUCAUUUACUGCAAUCCAUAUUCCUCGUGGAAUCAAGAACAUGACAAGCAUGCAGAUACUAUCCCAUGUCCAAAUUUCUGACAGUCACGACAAGGCUGCACUGGAAGAUUUAGCCCGGCUGCAGCUGCUAUGGAAGCUUGGUGUUAUUAUCCAUGGCAAGCAAGCUUACCUUGUGCUCAAAGUGAUUGGGAUGCUAAAUGAAUCCCUGAGGUCUUUGUCAAUCCGUCUACAAGAUGAUGGUGAGGUUCCUGAUCUGAACAAAACAUCAAAACUAUUCUCGCCUCCGGUAUCUCUUGCAAGCCUUAGCAUCAGUGGCAAGAUAGCCGGCCUUCCUACUUGGCUCCAAAAGCUAGAACAACUCUCUGACAUAACUAUGUGUGACACCUCCUUGAAACACUCUGAUGUAAAGAUCUUGGGAGAUCUUCUCAACCUGCGCUUCAUGAGGCUCUUGGGCGAGUCGUACAACCAGAAGGAGCUCACUUUUGAAAAGGGAUUCAAAAACCUUGAGAUUCUCAUCAUUGAGAGAUCAAGCACCAUCUCUGAUGUCCAUUUCGUACAACGAGUAGCACCUAAGCUUGAGAAGAUUGUUUGGAGCUCCACCUGCAAGAUGGAAAAUCUUGGGAUCCACAACCUUCGAGGCCUGAAAGAGAUCGAGCUCAAAGGCAACUGUGACCUGAAUCGCAUUAGGCAAUCCAUUAAAGCGAAUCCAUGCCAUCCUAACCUUAAACACACUCCAAUUCUCAACUCUUCAUCAAUCCAACCGGUCACUGCAGCUGCAACAAACAAGUAG